AUGUUUUCGCUUGUGUUUGUAGCACUGACCAUCGUAGGCAUGGUGGCCAGUCAACCGCCAGCACCGGAUGCGUCCUGCUUUCAACCAACAACACUUACAGCCGAAGAUUGCUGCAAGAUGCCGAAAGCGGUCGACUCUGCAGUAAUGGACAAAUGUAAAGCGGAUAAUCCACGACCAAGCCAGAUGCCGGCACCGGGUGUCCCGCGUACGGAGGGUUGUUGCAUAAUCCAGUGCGCCAUGACAGAAACUGGUGGGUUCGUGAACAACGCACUCAACACUGACGCGAUCAAAAAGUCCAUGGCCACUACCUUGGGUGCGGAUCCAAACUUUGGUUCGCAAGUUAAUGCUGUCGUAGACAGCUGUGCCCGUCAGAUCCAGAACGAUCCGGCUUACAGUGUUGCACCGAUUUCUUCCUCGCCGGAUCGUGCUGGGUGUAGCUUUAUUCCGCAGGGCUUUGUCAACUGUAUGUACACGACGCUAUUCAAGAGCUGCCCGGCUGCUGUGUGGACCGAAAGCAGCGACUGCCAGGCGCUGAAGACGAAGCUCGACAGUGGUUGUCCAUUUUUCCUGCUGAUGGGACGUGGUCCAAGACAGUAA